AGACGUCACCGGGGAUGGCAAAAAAUAGGCGCGUGCGACGGCACGUGCCAAAGUCUUUUUUGUAUACUCUUCACUUGUUUGUAUGAAUUCCGUACGACCAAUUCUUUUCCGCAUUCCGGAUUUAUUUCUGAAAAAUUCCGGACUUAUACGUGGUACUGGUAUUGUUCUGAUUAUUAUAAUUAUGUCGAUCGACAUAGUUUUAUAACGUUUUGUCUAAUAGCAAUGCUUACGUGAAUAGUUGGAAUUUUAAACAGAAUCUCAUCUUUAUUAUACAGACGUACGAUUAAUACGGUCCUACGAUUCAGAUUUCUUUAAAGUUUAAGUUAUAGAUUUCUCUUGAAGAGUCUGGAUGCUUUUUUAUGCUCGGUGUAUGGCGAUAUAAUAUAAUAAUAUGUUUGUCCCUAUUUACUUCACGUAUUUUUUGUUUGUUCACAUUACUUUUUGUAUAGUGGGUAGAGGAACAAAAAUGACAGGCUAGUAAAGAAAAAACGUUAAUUCCGCACAGAGGUGCAAAUAAAAAUAAAAAAAUAAGUAAAAAACAAAGAUCAAAAUAUAAAAAUAAAAAUAAUAACUAAAAAGAAAUACAAAUAUGUAUCGUAAGUGACCCGGUUUUGGCCACUAAGAAUUUUGUCGACUUUGAGGCUUUCUUAACUUAUAGUUUUUGUUAUCACGAACAUAUUUCUUGUAAAAAGUCAUUUAACAUGUAUUAACCUUGCCUAAGAAAACCCUUUUUUAAAGAACGUCCAAUAGAAAAAUAACUGUAUAAAAAAGAAAAAAAAGGGAGUUUGUGCCAUUUUUGGCCAGAUUCGUGCCAUUUCUGGCCACGGUCGUGUGCCAGUUCUGGCCAUCAAAAAAUGCAAUAAAAGUAAUCAAAAUUUAUUAAUUAAAUUGGACAUUUUACAAACAAUGGCUUUUAUUUAGUUUGGAAAAUAUUAAAUAUUAUUACUUAACUUGAAUUUAACUAACAAAUAAAGAGAUCAACAUUUAUAUGACGUUGGUAAAAGCUGCACAGUAAACUGACCUCCCCUUUGUGUGAAGGCAAUUUAUUGCAUCUCUGAAAAUUAAAAAUAUGUAUCUGUUGAUAUGUAAAGCCAAGGGAAAAAAGCCACGAUAAAAUAAAGGGGAAGAAGUAGGGUGUCUAUGUACACCAGUAUUGGCCAGCCAUGUGGCCAAAGAUGGAGAAAUUUAUAAUUUUGUCUCCAUUAGUGGCCACCUUCUAAUAAACUUACGUCAGAAACACAUGGCGACAAAAUAACUUUAGUUUCACUAAAACAAUAUAUUCUUCAUGUAGUAUUAACAUAAACAUCCAAACAAUAAGCAAAGAUUUAAAAAAUAAAAACCAAAUCCUCAAUCGCUCGCCUUAGCCUUUUUGUUAAGAUCUUAACAAUUUCAACCAUAACUAAAAAGAAUGACUUGUUGCAUCGAAGUGAAGUUUGACACAUCAAAGCUGCCAACGGUAUCAGUGUCUCCAAUAUUCAAUAUUUUAAAUACUGUACAUCACAGAGUAAUUUAUUUGUCCAUGCCUUAGUUAUAAAUAUUUGAAGGCCCAAAUGGCCACAAAGGGGUCGAUGGCCACAACCGAGUCACUUGCCCUAUAAAGAAAAAGGUAAAAGAAAAAUAUUAUAAAAAAUAGUAGACAUGAGAUAUAAAUUGUUAUAAAAAAAAAGAAAAAAACUAUUUAUUAUUGAGCGUAGGAGCCUUGGAGGAUAAUCUUAUAGAAUAAAAAUUUUAAAAACCCCCGACACAAAAACUUUAUUUCCCUUUAAAAAGUAAAAAAUAAUAAAAGAAACUUAAUCUUAAAAUACCUAAGAAUGUACUAAUAAUUCUAAAAAAAAAUACGUCGCGUUGGGGGACCGCUCCUAAUUAUUUCUUACUUAUCUACGAUUUGUUCAUAAGUAUCACAUGCUUGGUGUUAACAUUAAAGUAAAUUGAUGUUUAAGUAGGUACUUAACUAUAACGCAGAAAAUAGAAAUAUAGCGGCGCGGGCGGCGGUGCGCGGUGUGCAGUCCGUAUUAAUGCGGUACCCAACGAGACGUAUUUUUUUUUGAAUUAUUAGUACAUUCUUAGGUACUUUAAGAUUAAGUUUCUUUUAUUAUUUUUUACUUUUUAAAGGGAAAUUAAGUAAUAGUGUCGGGGGUUUUUUAAAUUUUUUAUAGGUAGGUUAGGUUAUACUAGGCCUAACUUAACCUAUAAGUUAGGCUUAGUAUAUUACAUAUACCUACUUACUAUAAUUUCGAUUCUUGUUAAGGUAAAGAUUACAUCUAAGGUCAAGCUUGUUCGCUUUAAUUAUUUUUUUACUUAUUAAUUACUAGUUUUUGUUUCAAUAAGUAGGCUAAAGAUUACAUUGGUGCCAGAUUUUUUGUUUAUAAUAAAACGUUAAAUUAAAGAUUUUAUAUUUUUGUUAUUAAAUUUUUAAUUAUAAUUUUUUUUAAUUUUUUAUUUAUUUUUUAUUUUUGUUAAUACGAAAAAAUAAUAUCUUUCAAUAUAUUCAUUCAGCGCGGUUUCAUUUGAGGCCCCAUCCCAAUAUAUUUGCAGACCUUCGGCUAAUCUCCCCACUUUCACCGCCCAUAACUUUCCCCCCUCUUUUUGCGUCGGGGGAUAAUAAAAAUAGACGAAAAUGUAGGUAGAUCGACUAGCUAGGUAUGUUGCAAAAAAGUUAUAAUUCAUAGAUACCCGAUUCCAAAUCAUUUACUUUGCAAGCCGAGCUAUAAAAGCCGGUGUAAGACGGAAUUCUUUCUUUAUUCUUAAAUUACACUUCGAAGGGAUUAAAUUUAACGUCUGUGAUCUAAGAUUUUCCUCGGCAAUGGUCAUCAGUCUGGAGUAGAACAGCGUGCGUGUAAUCCUCGAGGAAACAGCUCCCAUUGUUACAAUGUCGCUUACUUGUAAUACCCAUGGAAGCCGCAGAAGCCGUUCAAGCCGUGGCACCCCUCGAACCCGUCGAACCCGUGGAACCUGCUGUGGUAGCCGAGGUACCCAUGGAGCCCGUGGUACCUAGGCCGCGCCGAGUGGCACCUGUGGGGCACUUGGCUCCUAUGGUAGCCGAGGCAGCCAUUGAGCCACUUGUGCCCGUACAACCCGAGGUACCCUUGGCACCCGCGGCAAUGGAACCGGCGGUACGCAUCGAACCUGUGGAUGAUAGUUGGAUGAUGGAUGCCGAGGCUAAUAAUAAUGCCACAACUAAAAUGGUGCCUAUAGGUUCUGGCAAAACAAUGGUGCCCCUGAGACGAUAUUUGAGAGUCAAAUGGGACUCCUAUACUGUGGCUACCAGGACCUUACUAAGGGCGGUGUUCCCACGAUCGGUCCUGGCGACACAUUCGUUGACCGGUAAGAGGUCCCCCGCCUUCCUAGACAAACCCGUUAAAGCCUGCCUGAACGAACAAAAGGUAGAGGACAUUGUAAUACAUGUUCUCUUUAAAUUUAAAGUAAAGAAGAGUUUGGUUAGGAAAGUCAUCACUACGAAGUGUGCCGAUGAGUGUAAAAUGCUCAGAAUGAAGGAAAAUAGGCGGCCUCCUGGUGAUGGGAACGCCUCGCCGUAGUCUCAUGACUACGGCAUCGCGGGGCCUCGUCAGGCUGGUCCCGCUCCUAUCCUGACCGCGCCGCUUCGUCGAGUACUUUGUAAGGGCUAAUGCCGAGAAAACUGGUGAUCUCGAAUCUCGGACAGUGAAUGGUCUCUUACAUUUGUAGUAGAUGAAGCUGUGUGCUGGGUUGUUCCGUUCUCAAAUAUGGUUGAUCCGUUGCUACACGUCGAAUCCUUCUGCUAGGCCAGCGUGUUGGUGGGCUGAUUAAGAGGACCUAAUCAUCAUAAUGGUCCAUCACCAGCCUUCCUUGACAAGCAAACCUAGAUGAGGUUAUCGGCUACGACUGGGUGCUGCGCACCGACCUCCCGAACGGCGUCAGCGUAAUUUGUUAUGCCGACGAUAAGCUGAUGCUGGCGCAUGGGAGGUCGCACCAGGGGCCUUAGUCUGCUAUUACAAUUGUGUCAGAAUGGUCGACCAUUGAGCAGUGCAAGAGAGACGGAGCUACAUAGGUUGUAUAGCUCCAUCCCUCUUGCACUGAUCACUUGCUUACCAUCAGGUGAUACGUCAGCUUGAUUACCGGCGUGUUUCAUAAAAAAAAAGAAAAUACGGUUGAAAAAAUUUUAUUUAAACCGACUCACCUAACCAUACUCUUCUUUACUUUAAAUUUAAAGAGAACAUGUAUUACAAUGUCCUCUACCUUUUGUUCGUUCAGACAAGCCUUAACAGGCUUGUCCAGGAAGGCGGGUUUGAAAAAAUAUUUAUUUAAACCGACUCACCUAACCAUACUCUUCUUUACUUUAAAUUUAAAGAGAACAUUUAUUACAA